AUGACGGCAGCAACAACGACACCGAUGACAGGCAAGGUGCCCAUAGCGCACAUCAAGGCGGUGCUGUUCGAUAUGGACGGCCUGCUGAUCGACUCGGAGGGCAUCUACACCAAAGUGGUCAACGACAUCCUCAAGCCCUACGGCAAAGAGCAGACGUGGGAGAUCAAGUCAAACCUGAUGGGCAAGCCCGAGCGCGAAGCCACUGUGACGCUGCUGUCAUCGCUCUGGCCUCCGACCAAGCCAGAUGAGCUGUACGGUCCCGACUGUCCAUUCGACAUUGAUAGCUUCCUCAAGGACCGCAACGAGGUGUUGCUGAAAGCUUUUAAGCAAGUGCCCGAGAUGCAGGGUGCGACGCGGCUGGUGCAGCACCUUCACAAGCACAAUAUUCCUAUCUGCGUUGCAACGGGCAGCAAGCGCGGGAACUACGACAUCAAAACCGCCAGCCUCCCCGACCUCUUUGGCCCCUUCGCGGAUCGUGUCAUCUGCGGUGACGACGCUCGCUUGUCUCGCGGCAAACCACACCCUGAUAUCUUCCUCCUCGCUGCCAAAGAGGGUCUGUUCAGCACUCACCCCAACGACCACUUGACAAAGGAGAAGCUUGGCAAAGAGUGGACGCAGAGCUUGCGCGAGAUGGGUCAACACUUCGACGAGGAGCACCAUCUCAAGGGAGGCGAAUCGAGUAUUCUCGUCUUCGAGGACGCCAAAACGGGCGUCCAGGCUGCCAAAGCCGCGGGAAUGCAUGUUGUCUGGGUCCCUGACGAGAAUCUUCGCGCCCUCUUCUCCGACGAAGAGCUAGGUGCCUCUCAAACCCUCAACUCGCUCCUCGAAUUCGACCCUACAGACUGGGGCCUCCCGCCAUUUGACGACGAAUCCAAGUAG